UCCAAUUUUCCUUUCAUUUGUGUUCUGCUUCUUCCACUGCAUAAAAACCAACCUGUUCACACAUAUUUUCCAGAUCUCAUUACUGGAGCAGACGAUGUUUGAAACAAAACAAUGCGUCGGCAAACAUGACCAUGACUAUUACCCUAUAAUUAUUUCUUUUGAUUCCUUAGCUCAUCUGAGCCAAUCUUUAAUUUAUUGAACGCUGAAGCCUUCAAAUUCUCGGUUGUUACGACCUCCCUAAACUGUAAUAAAAAUGCAUGCAAAUGUAACUACGGACCGCGGCGGAGGAGGUGGUUCUUGGAGACUACCACCGGAUGAAACUUUGCAAGUGCAGGACCCUAAGCAAAAAGAUCAAGACUUAGAUCUGGAUGAAGGGCAUAAUUGGCGAAGUAUAAUUUUCUCACUACUUGUUAUUAGUUUUGUGAUAGCUGGAAUUAUAACUGCUAUCUAUUUAUUGGGAUAUGUGGAUGAGCUCUUGUAUUGGUCGGGACGCAGAAUGAUUUUAGAUGAGUAUUUGCAGGGAGAAUUAACGCCAACACGAUUACAACCUUCUUGGGUUACAACGCAGAAGUACGUUUUUCAAGCCGAUGAUGGAGGGCUCGCAAUUUUGGAUACAACGAGAAACUCAAUUAAUAUUUUAGUUACAAAUCAUACAAUUCGUCAACUAAAUGUGGGUGGAUACCAAUGUUCUCAAGAUCUUAAGUAUGUUUUAUUCAGACAUAAUGUAAAAAAAAUUUUCCAAAAAUCGUUUACUGCAUUCUACACAAUCUAUGAUGUAGAAAACGACCAUCAUAUGCCUGUAAAGUUAAAAGAUUCAUCAAAGGUACAAAGGACUCGUCUUCAACAUGCUGCCUGGUUAGGCAACACUACUUCCAUUAUAAUCGUAGCUGACAAUGACAUAUUUUUAAGACAAUCGCCUUCCAUGGAAGAAGAUAUUAGAAUAACAACAACAGGACACGAAAACAGUAUUUAUAAUGGAGUUGCAGACUGGCUUUAUCAGGAAGAAAUUUUUGAUAAUCCGGAAGCAAUUUGGUCUUCCGCGGAUGGGACACACUUCAUGUUUGCCUUAUUCAAUGACACCAAGGUUGGAAUGAUGACAUAUCCGUGGCUAGCAUCUGGAGCUAUAAUCGCAGGUAGUGGCAUGACACCAGGGAGUUCGUUUCCUGAGACGAAAAAUGUCCGCUAUCCAACGCCAGGCACUGCCAAUCCAGAAGUACAGCUGUGGAUAAUAGAUAUCACUAAAAUUGGUUCUAUACAAAAAUCUGAAUUAAAACCACCCCCGUCUCUUGAUGGCCAGGAUUAUUACCUUACUUCAGCAGGUUGGGUCUCUGAUAACAAUCUGCAAGUGUCCGUGGUUUAUAUGGUACGAUCCCAAAACUAUAGUAUUAUUGCUACAUGCGCCAAGGAACGAAACUGGACAUGCUCGGAGAUACACUCUGAGCGUGCACCAGAAGAUGAAUGGUUGGAUGUUUUCCCUCAUCCUGUAUUUGCGCCCGAUGGUAAUAGUUUUCUUUUACUUGCAAGUGUUCAAGAAUCUGGUCAUGAUCAUUUUACGCAUAUAAAACACAUCACUAUAACUCAACAAAGGAUUUCAGUGAUAUCCCACGGUCGCUAUGAGGUCUUGAAAAUACUCUGUUGGGAUACAAAAAAUCACAUAGUUUACUAUUUGGGAACUCAAGAUAAAAGGCCUGGACAAAAACAUCUUUACACUGUUAAGGAUCCAGUUCACGAUGACACAAGAAAGACCGAGCCGCAAUGCAUAACAUGUGAUUUGGGCGAGGCUCUUUGGAGUAGCCGAUAUUACUACAUAAACUGCUCGCAUUUUGACGCCUUUAUUACUCCAACCAAUGGAGUUGCUACAAAUAUAGGAAUUGAGUUCUACAUUUUGGAAUGCCAAGGACCGGGUCUUCCUGUGUCAGGAGUGCAUAUGCACAAAACCCACAGCUUAGUGAAAAUCUUAUACGACACCCGGCCAUUCUACACUGAGCGCCUGCAAAAACUGGCAUUGCCGAUACAACGUUCAUUUGAAAUUCCAUUGCCGCACGGAAGUAGAGCCCAAGUACAAUUAUUGCUUCCUCCCAGCUGGCGGGAAGAGUUACGCGAUGCUGCUUUUCCUGUUAUUGUGGAAGUAAAUGGACGACCAGGCUCAGAGUCUGUGUCCGAAAAAUUUAGAAUAGAUUGGGGAACGUACAUGUCAUCGCGAAAUGAUGUUAUAUAUGUACGCUUGGAUGUACGAGGUGCAAAAGGGCAAAGCAAAAAAUCUUUAUAUCGCCAUUUAGGCGGAGUUGAGGUUCAAGAUCAGAUUUCUGUACUAAGAUACCUCUUGGACACUAUUAGUUUCCUAGAUGAAACUAGAGUUGGCAUCUGGGGCUGGGGCUAUGGAGGCUAUGUGACUUCUAUGGUUCUUGGAACUCAACAAGAUGUUUUCAAAUGUGGAAUUGCGAUCUCUCCAAUUGCAGAUUGGCUUUAUUAUAAUUCUGCUUUUACUGAACGCAUACUAGGCUUGCCUGCUGAAAAUUAUAAAGGAUACGUCGAAGCAGAUGCUACUCAACGUGCACGACUCAUUAAGUCCAAUUCAUUUUUCUUAAUACAUGGCUUGGCCGACUCAACCGCACCUUACAUACAUGGUGUUCAGUUAGCCAAAUCAUUGACCGAUGCAAAUAUAUUAUACCGAUAUCAGACUUACGCUGAUGAAGGUCAUGAUCUAAAUGGUGUUCUUGAACAUGUUUACUCGUCAAUGGAAUACUAUUUUUCGGAAUGCUUAAGUUUGGAUCCCGAUGACACUAAGCCAGAUUUGGAACAAAGUAUGGUUCCGGCAGAAUAAUUGUAGAAUGUAUUUGUAUAUAUAGUAGGAUUAAUAAUAUAAGAUUUAAAAAUAUUAUUUGUAAAUCAUGAAUUAUAGUAGCUCUUCCAAAAAGAUAUAGAUAGUCUUGCUGCAAAAAAUGCGAGAAACAAUCCCAUUA